AUGGAGAAACCCUCCCAGGUCUACUCUACGCACGAGAUGGCAGCCAGUGCGUCGUCGUCGCUUGGCGUACAGGAACUGAAGGGAGAAUAUUCCAUUUCAGAUGUCGAGGCCAGGGAUCCCCUGAACCCUAGGAACUGGUCCUCGGCCCGGAAGACGAUGCUCUUUGUGUCACUGAUGACGAGCUCGUUGUUAGCAGAUGGGGCUAUGGUUUGGGGUGGAACGCUGGUUACGGACCAGGCCAUGGAUUGGGAUGUUAGCAUUGCUCAUUCGGCGACAAGUAUGAAUUAUGGGAUUCUACUGCAGGGGUUUGGGGGAAUUUUUGCUGUUCCACUCAUCGAAGCAUAUGGUCGUUUGCCGAUCUGGCUGUGGCCUCAGGUGAUCACCAUGUUCAUGGUGUUGGGUGCUACCCUCUCCAAUGACUGGUCUACCUUCACGACAUUCCGCUCUUUGCAGGGUCUGUUUGGGACAGUGCCUCAGGUGAUUGGACUUCCGAUCAUUCAUGAUAUGUAUACCUCGGCUGAAUGGCCGCGAAUGAUCAAUAUUUGGGGCACCACUUUCCUCGUCGGACCAUUCCUCGGUCCCGCGAUAGCAGGAUACGUCGGCGCUGGGUCAGACUGGCGCACCUCUUUCGGAGUCCUGACAGCCAUCUAUGGUGUGUCCACGGCCAUGGUGAUCCUCUUCGGCUAUGAAACAUACCAUGAGCCUGGAAGAACAACCAAGCAGUCACGCCUCGCAUCUUAUCUUGGCUUUGGCAAUACCAUGCUCCCCAAGGGAUCGACGUUGAGAUAUUGGAGCCGAACAGUCGUGGUCUAUGUGUUCAAGUUCCCGCUGUUAAUGAUUGGCCUAGCUAUUUUGGUAACAUUUACCUGGCCAAUUGGAAUCACAACCACCAUCGAUACCUUCCUGCACAGCCCUCCAUACUUGUUUGACACGAUCGAAGCAUCAUCGAUGCGAUUCGCCGGUGUGAUUGGAGCUUUAUGUGGCUGGACAGCUGGUCACUUCUUCAACGGCUGGAUCUUCAAGCGCCACAGUUCCACCUGGCGAACGGAUCUCCGCCUCCACGGCGUUUGGUUUCCGACAGCUAGCAUGGCAAGCGGCCUCCUUACCUACGGACUCACCAUGCACUUCGGCAAGCACUGGAUUGGGAUAGCCAUUGGGUGGAUCAUGGUGAACAUCGGCAUGGUAGCCACGAUUGUUACUAUUUCGGCCUACGCAUUGGAAAAAUACCCAGAGCAGGCGACCUGUGUCUCGGCUAUUCUGAAUAUGUGGCGCACCUGCGGUGGGUUCGCGGUGGGAUACUUCCAGCCUGCGUGGAUUCAGCGCAAUGGGAUUGGACUGGUCUUUGGUAUUCAGGCUGCUAUUCUAUGUGUGGCUGUUGCUUUAACUGUCACUCCUGUGUUCCUGUGGGAGCGGAAAAGACGGUUUAGAGUUGAAGCUGAAGCUAAAGCUUGA